AUGUCUUCCAGCUUGCAUACGACGGCCGCCAAGUCAUCUCGCGUUACCAAACCCACUCGUCGCAAGAGCAACAAUCCGUUGUUGCGCCGUUCGUCUUCGUCGCUCGCCGCGAGCCCACGUCGCAAGUCGUCAUCCGAAUCUGCCACAAACGUCGGUGCCGUCGGCGAUGAGAGCGUAUUCGAUGAGCCGCUUGAUGAUACUGGUCGUGUCGCCUCGCUAGCCACCGAUCUUGAGCUACGCGAUGUGCCUCAGUUCAUCCAAAAUAUCCGGACCAGGAUGUUUACGUCUGUCCCGGAGCGCGCAUCCGGCAUGAAUGGCCAGAAGACGGCAGAAGUGCUGAACUUUCGCAUGAACUUGCCACCCGUCGUAUCUGUCGCCCAUGUGCAUGCUCUCAGCAGGUCUCCGACUGUCACAGAAAGAGAGAUUGCAGAGUUGACGCGUGCUGGGAUCAUACGGAAGGUCGUAAUACCGGGACGAGGUGCCGGCGGUGCUGCUGUAGGAGAAGGCUUAGUGCUCGUGUCCGAGUGGGAGAGACUGGUUCGAUCGCAUCCGGGUCUGGAGGAUGAGAUGAAAGAGAAGUACAUUUCAUUGCUGCGCUCACAACCUACUUCAGCCACGGUAUCGGCUGCGCAGCUCGGCAAGGAUGAAAUAGCAGCAUUCUGCGGCACCGGAUUCUUGACCUCAGCGAACCCUUCUGCUGGGAACGCCGAGGUCUUCUCCCGGCCCGGCGCCGCGUCAUUGGGCUCGCUCGCCAGCUCCAGCGCAAAAGCUGCGUCUGGCUCGCUGAAUGCUGUUGGUGGCGCCCACGCCUUUACAUCCAGUGGCGCAAGCGGGGGUGGCGUCGUGUCGACCGACAGACAAAGGACAGCACCGGGGGGUGUCUACAGCUUUGCGCUGCCCAACAUGGGCCCGUAUCUUCGGCUGUUGACCACUGCACGUGUGCAUCUACUGAGUCUGUUGAGCAAGACGUCCAGAUACAAGGAGGCGCCUGUGAGCCUACUCAAGGAGCGCUGGGAUGGCGGUAUCGCGGGCGAAGACCUCGCGAGUAAAGCGCGCAAGGCCAGAGGUGAUUUUACCGGAGUGUUGCCCGGGCGGACCAAGAAAUGGAAGACAUUUCAUGGCUUAAGCUUCGAGUGGGUUCUAGAGGAAUGCACUGGCAGCGGACUGGUCGAGCUGUUUCAGACGCACAGUGUGGGCGUCGGGGUUAGAGCAGCAUGA